AAAAAAUAAAACAUUUGAAUAAUAAUUAUUUGAACAUACAAACACUUUACUAAUUUACAACAGGUACAUGAGUGGAGCAAACAUUCCUUCAGAGCGGGCCAUGUGCAAGACUCAGAAAAUGCUACUCAAGGAUAAUCUAGCUGGCGAAACGAUCAAGCUCUUUUUCAACACAAAUGCAGCCGAUGGGAUCAAUGGCAUGAAGCUCAAGGAAACACCAUUUGUGUAUGUCAAGGACAUCGGAGCAAUGAUUCUGGACUACCUGGACCGCCAUGACCAGCAAGGUACCCUGACAUGGCACAAUGGGGUCAUCCCAGCCAACGAAAUAUGGAUUAAGGUCGGCGGAGACAAGGGAGGAAACUCGUUUAAAAUGGAUUUCCAAAUUGUGAAUGUAGCCCAUCCCAACUCCAUAAAAAACACCGUUGUGUUUUCCUGUGUUGAAGCCACCGACUCGAUGGCCAACAUAAGGAGAGCACUUCUCCCAAUAUUUGAGCAGCUUUCAGUGCUGUCCACAUUGAAGUGGCGUGGAAGGUCCCUACGUGUGUUCCUCUUUGGGGAUUACGAACUACUGAACAAGGUGUAUGGAAUAUGUGGGUGUAAUGCAAGAACGGCCUUUAUGUUUUGA